ACAGUCUCUAACCCCGGUCCCGGAUUCCUCCGGGGCUCCCUGUUCCCCGCACAAUGAAGUCCAGUAUCUGCAGCCGAGCUCACGGGCGCGGCCUGGCCCUGGCCUUCUCCGGGGCCCCUCUGCUCGCCUCUUCGUCCCAGUGCCUCCCCUAGCCAGGACCCGCGGUUCCUGGAAGGCGCCGUCACCACUGGGGUUUGCCCAUGCUCUUCCCUCUGCCCUGUCCCCUGUCCGCUGUCUCCACCGAUCAGACUGCACCUUCCAGGCAGCUUUCCUACCCUGACUGGCUGGGGCUUCCCUGUGCAGGACAUGGAGACGUGAGGCUGCAAGGCUCCCGAGGGCUCGGCUUGGACCGAGAUGGGGCUGGGCUGCUGCCUCCUAACAGGGCUCUUGUCUGGGGCAGUGGCUGGGGGUUGCCCUCCCCCCUCCCACCCGCAUCUCGGAGCAACCCUUCCCCUCUGCUGCUGAGCGAGGCCCGUCCUGGGGCCCGGUGCCCGCCAUGAACGGCCUGUCGGUGACUGAGCUCUGCUGCCUCUUCUGUUGCCCGCCCUGCCCUGGCCGCAUUGCUGCCAAGCUCGCCUUCCUGCCGCCGGAGCCCACCUACUCCCUGGUGCCUGAGCCUGAGCCCAGGCCUGGUGGGGCUGGGACCACGGCCUUGGGGACCCUGCGGGCCUCCACGGCCACCCCCAGACGUUGGAAGCUCCACCUGAUGGAGCGCUCUGAUUUCCAGUACAGCCAGCGUGAGCUGGACACUAUUGAGGUCUUCCUGACCAAGAGCAGCCGGGGCAACCGCGUUGCCUGCAUGUAUGUGCGCUGUGUGCCCGGAGCCAGGUACACAGUCCUUUUCUCACAUGGCAAUGCAGUGGACCUGGGCCAGAUGAGCAGCUUCUACAUUGGCCUGGGCACACGCAUCAACUGUAAUAUCUUCUCCUAUGACUACUCGGGCUAUGGCGUUAGCUCGGGCAGGCCCUCUGAGAAGAACCUCUAUGCCGACAUCGAUGCUGCCUGGCAGGCCUUGCGCACCAGGUACGGCAUCAGCCCAGAUAGCAUCGUCCUGUAUGGUCAGAGCAUCGGCACAGUGCCCACCGUCGACCUGGCCUCCCGCUACGAGUGCGCCGCGGUGGUGCUGCACUCCCCGCUCACCUCGGGCAUGCGUGUUGCCUUCCCAGACACCAGGAAGACCUACUGCUUUGAUGCUUUCCCCAACAUCGAGAAGGUGUCCAAGAUCACAUCGCCGGUGCUUAUCAUCCAUGGCACGGAGGACGAGGUGAUCGACUUCUCGCACGGGCUGGCGCUCUAUGAGCGCUGCCCCAAGGCCGUGGAGCCACUGUGGGUGGAGGGCGCCGGGCACAACGACAUUGAGCUCUACAGUCAGUACCUGGAGCGCCUGCGCCGCUUCAUCUCCCAGGAGCUGCCCAGCCAGCGCGCCUAGCGGAGCUGCUGCGCCCAGAGCCAAGCCAGGAACAGACCUCAGCAAUAAGGCGGCACCCCGGCCCCAGGGGCUGCAUGUGUACCCCUCGUGAGCCCCAGUUCCCCCAGGCAGCUGGCCGGCAAUGAGGUCCAAACUGCCUGCCCCUGCGUAGGGGCUGUGGACGAUGUGCAAGGGGCAGAGCCACGCUCUCCUUUUCUUUUGGAAGCAAAACAAAGGAAAAAGGUGAAAAAUUAAAGAUUAAAAAUUUUAACGUUCCUUCCCUUA